AUGGAAGCGACUGACACCGCCCGCUCUCCCCUGGGAGAUGCGAUAUUCGCCCUCGAUGUCUCAGCAAAACCACUAUCCUACUUCCUCACCACCAUCCUUGUUAUCGUUUUUGUCUACUCCAUGCAGGGAUCCAAGCUCAACACGCCGUCGGUCAACUCCAAGGGAACGUUCGAACUCACCAACAGCAGACCAAAGAAGCGUUACCUUACCAGCGCCCGAGAGAUGAUGAGCUCGUGGUUCAAAGUCAACCCAAACAAGCCCGUUCGCAUGGUCAGCGACAUGGGGGAGACGAUCGUGCUGCCCCCGUCCAUGGCCAACGAGAUCCGCAAUGAUUCGCGCUUCAGCUUUACCAAGUUUUCCGCAGAGUUCUUCCAAACUACAACUCCUGGUUUUGACGCGUUCCACGAGGGAACCCGAGACAGCAUCACCCUGAUUGUCAUCAACAAGGAUCUCACCAAGUCUCUGGCCAAGGUCACCGAGCCCCUCGCUGACGAGGCCUCGUUGGCUCUCAAGGAGAUCUUUACCGACAACAAGGACUGGCACGCUAUCAACAUGCGAUCUACCAUCCUCCACUUCAUCGCCCGCAUCUCCUCUCGCGUCUUCCUGGGCACCGAGCUCUGCCGCAACGAACAAUGGCUCACACUGACGAAAGAAUACACCAUGAACGGUUUCGCCUCCGCCGACCGUCUUAGAGAAUGGCCGUCCGUCAUGCGACCCUUCGUCCACUGGUUUCUUCCCGGCUGCCAGAAGGCCCGCGCCCAGAUUGUCGAGGCAAACCAGAUCAUCAAGCCCAUCAUCGAAAACCGACGCGCUCUUAGGGCUGCUGCCAUCGCCGAAGGCCGUAACCCACCCGAUUUCAACGACGCCAUCGACUGGUUUGAGCUGGCUUCCAAGGGCACGCACUAUGACCCGGCUAUCUCGCAGCUGUUCCUCUCGACUGUCGCCAUCCACACUACCACGGAUCUCCUGGGUCAGGUACUGGUGGAUCUGGCUCGCAACCCUGAGAUGAUUGAGCCGUUGAGAAAGGAGAUCCUCGAUGUUUUGAAUGAAGGUGGCUGGAAGAAGACCUCGCUGUACAGCUUGAAGUUGCUCGACAGCGUUGUCAAGGAAAGCCAACGCAUGAAGCCGCUUCAGCUUGCUAGCAUGCAACGUAUCACUGUUGACGACGUCACCCUCUCCGACGGCACCUUCAUUCCCAAGGGUACUUCCGUCUGCGUAUCCUCCCACGCCCUGUACGAUCCGGAAGUCUACGAAAACCCCGAGAAAUGGGAUGGGUACCGAUUCCUACGCCUGCGCCAGCAGCCCGGAAAAGAAAACGUCGCUCAGCUGGUUAGCACGGGUCCCGAGCACCUCGGUUUCGGUCACGGCAAGCACGCUUGCCCCGGACGCUUCUUCGCUGCCAACGAGAUCAAGAUCGCUCUUGUCCACAUCCUUUUGCAGUACGAGUGGAGGCUGCCUGCUGGUGCUCAGCCUGUUGUUACCGACUAUGGACAGAAUCCCAUGAUGAACCCUGCUUUGGAGCUGGAAAUACGCAGACGGGGUGAAGAGGUCAACAUGGCCUUCUGA